UCGCCUCGUAACUUUCGCCGCCGAUGGGAAUGUUUUUGAAGAGCGCGCACCGACAUCGCGGAGGCUGAUGCGUUCCUCGUGAUCGUGGCACGACCUUGUGCAUUUAGUAGGACUGUCUCGAUGCACACAGAUGCAAGUGGUGCAGGUGAAAACGUGGUAUUUUGGGUGACAUUUCAACGUGGAUAGUUUACCAUUUCGUAGCAAAAUGCAACACACUACUACACAACGGCUGCGCUCUAUUUGCGUGCAUCUGCAUGGAGAAUAAAAGAAGAGUUAUAAAAACAGUUGUGCGUCUGUGCUUUCGCCUGGAUAUUUGUGAGUGAGCUUGUCUGUGUAUAAGUGUGUGCAAAGAGUGUAGAUCCGAUACUUAUUGGUGAGUGUAGUUUGCCGGAUCUGAAAAAAUAUCACGUAAAGUGUAUGAAAUUGAAGUGUGAAAGUUUUACUUAUACAUCCGAUGCAAUCGAAAUAACACGCUUACUAAAAAGAAUGUAUAUAAGUAAGACAUCUGCAAUGUAAACCACUUUACAUGUGUGCAUUUAAGGGAAACACCAUUUGUGCCGGAAGCCAUUUCACGCUUCGUAUCAACUCCGGCACUGCGUCACCUCGAGGGAAAACUACAAGCUAAGCUGCUGCGCCACGCCAUGCGAUUUAUGAAAUAUUCAUAAACUCUCCGGCUGGAAAUCCUUCGUAAACUGGCACGUACGAUACGGUAGAAGCUUUCCGAUUUCGCUACCUCGACCGCUACCAUCGAUCUCUGCUACCCACAGCCGGAAGAUAUUUAAACUUGCACAUUUACAUAUAACUUGAAACAUAUCCUGUUAACUUUCUCCAACGACGAUAUUCUCUUCUAACUCCAUUCGCUUUGUUCUUUGAUGAGUAUAACUAUCUCAUCAGCAAGAAGAUGAAACGCUUCCAUAACUUAGUGCACGCAAGAACGUGAUCUUUGAUCAUGGGAGCAGCAUAAUCAACCGCCAACUUAAGCGAGUGCACAGUGCAGAUGAAAGUCGGAUGCAGAGUGAAAAUUUUAUGCUUGUGACUUAGUGACAAAUCAAACCCAAAAUGUUAAUCCUACAGACAGUUAAGCUAAUACUACUAGCCCUCAAGCUACUACCGAAGCGAUUCACGCACAGGAAUGUACUGUUUAUGAUAUACUUGGUCACACUCGUCACACAUGUGAUGAUGGAUGAGCCAAGAUUUGCUCAACCCAUUCCGAAUGUUACCGUUGCUGUGGGACGGGAUGCUAACCUGCCCUGUGUAGUGGAACACUUGGGCACAUAUAAGGUUGCGUGGAUACACAUCGAUCGGCAGAUGAUUUUGACGAUACACCGGCACGUUAUCUCGCGCAUCCCGCGGUACAGCGUAACGUACGAUAAUUCCAACACAUGGCUUCUUCACGUUAGCCAGGCCCAGCAGGACGAUCGGGGCUAUUACAUGUGCCAAGUGAACACAAAUCCCAUGAUUAGCCAAGUCGGAUACCUGCAAGUAGUCGUGCCUCCAAACAUUCUGGACAUCGAAAGCACUCCCUCGUCAGUGGCCGUAAGAGAAAAUCAAAAUAUCAACAUGACAUGUCGUGCCGAUGGUUUCCCCACGCCCAAGAUCAUCUGGCGACGCGAGGACGGCCAAAGCAUUACCGUCGAGCGGAAGAAGAAAGUGAUGGUGUACGACGGUGAGGUUCUACAUCUGACGAAAGUAAGCCGCAACGAAAUGGGUGCUUAUCUCUGCAUCGCCACUAAUGGUGUGCCACCGUCGGUGUCUAAGCGGAUUAUCCUUGAUGUGGAGUUUUCACCGAUGAUCUGGGUGCCAAAUCAAUUGGUGGGAGCUCCACUCUCGACUGAUGUUACCAUUGACUGUCACACAGAAGCUCAUCCGAGAGCUAUCAUCUACUGGGUUUACAACUCGGUCAUGGUGCUUCCGAGUAAAAAGUACAUCAUUGACUACAACGAAAACUCCUACCGAGCGCACAUGAAGCUAACGAUCAAAGGCUUAUCGAUGGGCGAUUUCGGCAAUUAUCGGUGCAUAUCCAAGAACUCACUCGGUGAAACGGAGGGUUCCAUUCGCGUUUACGAAAUCCCACUUCCAUCAACACCAUCGAAGCAAAUUACUCACGUGAUGGAGCCGAAAGAGACGAUCCCAGCCGUGGUGUCACGUAAUGAAACCAUUAAGGUCGCCAGCCAACCUGAGGUCCUGUUUCCGAUGAAGAACGACGAAGGCUACGCUCAACGCUCACCGAACGGGAUCCCUUUCGAGCGCAAGGGAUCGCUUGCCAUCGGGCAAAGUUUCUCCUACACCGACAUGCCACCGAAAGAGUUCGGUGUAUCUAAUGAUGCUCGCAGUAGCUUCGGAGUGUUCUCUCUGCUAUCGCUGACGACGAGUGUGGUGCAAUCGACACUGAUAGUUCUGUGCCAUCAGCAUUGCGAGAGCUGGCUGUUACUGUAAUUUGCAAUUCAUCGAGUGCAAGGAGACGAGUAACGAAAGAGAGAGAUAGUGAGAACUGCAAUUCUUUCGCUUCCCUUCAGCCAGAAGCUGUGGCAGUUCCGUGAGGCGGACGACACAUCUGCAGCACGAACAUGGUCCCAGUCCGUGAUGCGGUCGCGCAUAUCAUAUGUUCGUUGCUCAUAUCACUCCCCUGCCAUGGAGAUACAUAUCCUUUCUUUGUGGGACUGAUGGGAUAAUAAACACGAUGGUCACGUAAGGCUAAGCGCAAUCCUGUAACAUAAAUUAAAUUUCACCAUGUUCUGCUUAACGGAUAAUGGACGCAGCUGAAAUAAACAAUAAGUAGGUUACCAAUCAUGCUCUUGUGUUCGAUUUCGAUUAUUUCGUUGCGCUUCCUCAUCAUCAUAAGCCUUCGGAAAUUGUUAUAUAUAAACAAAACAAACUCUAUUAAUCAGCUUUAAAAAAGAGACUGUACAUUGUUUGUUCAGCGAUUGCGCCCUGUUUCUUGGUUCAUGCUUCCUUAUAUGUUUUGUAAACUAUGUUAGCAGCUUAGUAAUUGCAUUUUUUUUUCCUAACUCAAAACACUGUUCUAAACUAGGAAAGAUUGUAGCCGGGCGUUGUAUAAUAGCAAAAUGGCUUAGCUCUUUGUCGAGUUUGUUAACUAUAGUAUGGUCAGUUGGAAGUGAAUAAACAAAUGGCUAACGUAAGGAUGAUUUAUCCUUUAUUGGCAAUUCAAAAACGCAAACGUUUUACAGAUAAAAGUUGGAAAAUGAAUCAGUUAAAAGAUGUAAAUGGGAUAGUACGAACACGGAAUGAAGCAAAAUGCAAACGCAAAAUGUGUACAUAUUUUAGCCCAACUUAAGCUGUGCAAGAGACCAUGGUUUGGAACGUUAAAUAGGACCAUGAGAACGAGGGGGUUGAAACAGAGCAAACAAAAAAAAAAUAUACCAUUAGCAAAACCAUUUACGAACGAUCGAGCGAGACUAAAGCACCGUGUAAUUAUCAGCUGCAUAGGCGAGCAUAUUGUUAGGUUAUUUGUUAUGUUAAUAUUUCGGUCAACAAUUUAGCUCAAGCACACGCCAGCGAUGGAUGGUAUGGCGGCUAGUAGCAUACUCAUGAUUGCGAAACGACAUGAUUGCAAAUACUUAGAAAUAUAUUUGAAAUAAUAAAAAAGAUUAAGUGUUGGCUGG